UUACUUUUACUUUUUUUUAAUUUUUUCUGUUCAUGAAAAUUGAAUUUAAUUUUCUAUUUUCCAUUAAUUUUAAUAAUUUAAUAUAGAAAAAUUGACGACUUGCAACAUUACCGAAUUUUUCAAUUUCAAGGAAGUAGCGAAAUCCAGUGCAAUGGAUGUCACUGAAAAAAAUUAACGGAAAGGGUCGUGUUCUGAUUUCUCUGGAUUUCUCCAUAUUCGCCGUUUUAAAAUAUUGAAAUGUUGAAACCAAAUGCAAGACAGUAUUACGAUAUCAUCAUCACCGGCGGUGGCAUGGUUGGCUCUGUUUUGGCCUGCAAAUUAGGUAAAUAUCGCAGAAACCAAGACAUUGAGUGCCUACAAACCGUCAAUUUUGAUGAUCGAAGGAGGUCCGUCCAAAUUAUGGGAAUCCGAACUGUCUAAAAAUGAUCGACCAUUUAGUAACCGAGUUUCAGCUAUUAACAAUUCAACUAAACAUUUAUUGCAAUCGAUAGAUAUCUGGGAUACCGUAUCGAACAAAUGUAAAAAUGUCAACGAAAUGAAAGUUUGGGGAAACGGUUCAAAAAACAUUGGUACCGUUUUCACCGCCGAAAACGAAGGCGAUAACUUAGCUUACAUAGUUGAAAACGAUAUUUUAAUAGCCGCUGCGAUGAACUCCAUGAGUAAAUAUGAGAAUUUAGAAAUAAUGCAUAAUAGUCAAGCUAAGAAUUUCAAGUUACCAGAUAAUGAGGAAGAUGGAGUAUCUUUAACAGCUAACGAUAAUAUUCAACUAGAAUGUAAUCUAUUGUUGGGUACAGAUGGAGCGAAUUCAAAAGUAAGACAAGCAAUGGGUACUCAGUAUAUUUCAUGGGAUUACAAACAGCGAGGAAUUGUUGCUACAUUGAAACUUAGUCAAAAUGGAGAGAACGAUAUCGCUUGGCAAAAAUUCCUAUGCACUGGACCAAUUGCUUUACUUCCGUUGGAUAGAACCACUAGCUCUUUGGUUUGGACUACAACCCCGGAGCAAGCUAAUUUCCUUCUUUCUCUUACCGAAGAAUCUUUCGUCGAUGCUUUGAACUCUGCUUUGUGGGAAGAACCAGUUACCGAUAAAUUGAAUGAAAACGUCACUCAAGCUGUAAGCUCACUUUUGAAGAAAAUGAAUAUCGAUGAAAAAAGGCAAGAACUUACUCCUCCUACGAUUGUUGAUGUUGUCGAAGGCAGUCGAGCAUCAUUUCCACUCGGAUUUGGCCAUGCAGUUUCCUAUAUUUCGAGAAAUGUAGCUCUUGUUGGAGAUGCAGCUCAUCGGGUUCAUCCGUUAGCUGGGCAAGGUGUCAAUUUAGGAUUCGGUGAUGUAGCUUGUCUUAGCGAUGUUCUCGCUCGUUACGCUUCAUAUGGAGCGAAAUACGGUGAUUAUAAAGCGUUGCAAGAAUACGAAACUAUUAGACAGCGAAGUAUUAUACCGAAAUUGAUUGGCAUAGAUCUGAUCCAGAAAGUAGCAGGACACCAGUGGUCACCUCUUUUAGCUUUAACUAACGUAGCUAUGCAAAUAACAAAUGCUGCGACUCCUCUAAAAAAAUUGCUAAUAAAGUCAGCUGCGGUUUAAAUUUUGAAAAUGUAGGACCAGUUUCUUCAAUUUAAACGUUUGAUGAACGUUUUUUUCAUGUCCGAUCAGUUUAGUAAGUUGGAUGUUUGUUAAAAUCCUGUACAGAAUACGAAGUGAUACAAUACCUAUCAAUGUGUAGUUUUAAAUUUAGAUUCAUUUUUACACACUUCAGUAUUGAUUCUGAGUAUGUUUUAAAGAUUUGUGUGACAAAUCUUUCCAGCCUGCGUUCUUUAUUUUGUUAUUUGUCUAGAAUAAAAUUCUUCAAAAUAAUUUUCACGAA